AUGUAUCACGGUGCCGCUCCUUUCCUGGCAUCAACUGCUCUCCUCGGUAUAUGCGCAGCUCAUCCUUUGCGCCCUCGGCAAACGGAACUGCAAUGGGGUCCAUGCGAGUUCGACUUCAAUGCAACAAUUCCCGUGGAAUGCUCAACACUGGACGUCCCCCUCGAUUGGACAAAGGAGGACUCGUCUGAGUCUCUAGAACUUGAGCUACUUCGCGUCAAAGCCUCAAAGCAACCAACCCUUGGUAGCGUAAUAUUCAAUCCUGGAGGCCCGAGUGCACUGGGCACAAGAUAUGUUGCCGAACAACAUACCUCCAUGAACAGAGUUCUCGAGGGCCACUACGACCUCGUUGGCUUCGACAUCCGCGGCACAGGACGCACUAUUCCUUUUGCUUGCAACACAACAGCAAUGCUAGAGUCAAACAUGAAACGCGACCUCGACCUGCCGCAACGUGACAUGGUCGAAUGGCUCGAAAACGAAGGUUGGCAGAAUGCUCAAGUGUUCGCUGAUCAAUGCUACAAAGACAACGAGAAGACCGGCAGUUACAUCUCGACUGCUUUCAUUGCACGCGAUAUGCUAGCCAUCGUACAUGCUCUCCAAGAGGACGACCUUCUCAGAUUCUGGGGUGCGUCGUGGGGGUCAAUACUCGGCCAGACAUUUGCCUCCAUGUUUCCGGACAAAGUCGAUCGAAUGUUUAUCGAGUCUGUCAUGGACCCGACUGACUACAUGUCCGGGUUCUGGACUCACAACAUGCUGGAUACGGACAACUCGCUCGACAACUUUUUCAAGGAGUGCCUUGCCACACCCGAGCUGUGUACCCUGGCAAAUAUUACAGAGUCUGCUACAGUCAGCUCCCUACGGUCUGGGUUGUCUAAAGUCCUCAGCGAACUAUACAGCACUCAAGAAACAGUUGAGCUGGGUUAUCAUGCCCAGCCACUGUAUACAGCGCUCACGCCGGUGACGAGGUACGAAGAUCUCAAGAACCGAAUUUUCAACGCCCUCUACUACGUCUCUAGGUUCCCUGAACUCGACAGUGUUCUUACCGCGGCUAUCACCAGGAACUUCAGCGCCAUCGAGCCACCAGAUGUCUCCCCUCCAGUCGAUCGGCAAGAGAUAAUGGCUCAAGCCGGUGCUCAUUCGCUGUUUGGUAUUUCUUGUUUGGACGGUACCGUGCGCGCCGCAGAAGCCCGCGAGAUCUACUCCUAUGUCGAGGAGCAGCAAGCAUCCAGUACUUUGGCCGACGGCUACAUGCCGCUCAUGUGGGCAUGCCCCGCAUGGCGUCUCGAACCAGCCGAACGAUACACUGGACCCUUCACUGCGCGGACAAAGUCUCCCAUAUUGUUCGCAAAUGGCCUUGCGGAUCCUAUCACUCCGAUGGCGUACGCAAGAAAGGUACACGAGGCCUGGGAAGGUAGUGGGCUGUUGAUACAUGGAGGGCAUGGUCAUGGUGUGGACAACCAUCCCUCGACGUGCACUGAUCAAGUCAUCCGAGCGUACUUCAUCAACGGCACUAUCCCGGAAGAUGGAACCUUGUGCGAACCCAAUCAGUCGGCUUUCCAGCAGGCAUACGAGUACUUGAAAGAGGCCUAG